UUCUUUAUGCUUGCUUUAUUCUUUCCCUCCUCCUCCUCCAAACAGGUUUAGGCAUUUUUUUUCUUGUUGAAGCUUCAGAAUGAGAGAUUGGGCUGCUCCUCUCGUAGCCGCGGCGCUGUUUGCAUUUCUGUCUCCAGGGGUGCUGGUGCAGCUCCCUGGAAAGGACCGUCCCGUUGGUGGUUUUAUGAAUAUGCAGACCAGUGUUGCAUCCAUACUUGUGCACGCAGUUCUUUACUUUUUGCUCCUUGUCUUGUUUCUUGUUGUUCUUCACAUCCACAUCUAUGCCUAAGAAGGAUUCACAUCAAGCUUAGAAAUGAUUUAAUUUUCAUGUCGUUACCAAGUUUUUAGUAACUUCUUAUCCCCUGUUCUUGGCAUUUAAUUACUAUAAUAAAUAGAUAGACGUUACUUAU